GAUUUUAUCUAAUUAGUAAUACAAUUGUUUACUGUUCAACGCUGGAAAGCAUAAAAUUUCAUUAUAAAUAUUUCCAUAAACAUACAUAUAGCGUCGAUAGAAAGGAAGAUUCAAUAAAAUUAUGUAGAGUGAUAUGACAAACAUUCGCGUUCGAUGCAUUUUGCGAUCAAGUUCACUCGUGUUUUUUUAACCGUUAAAAACUCCAUCAUGACAGUACAUGAAAAAUUCUAAACGAGCAAAAUAUCGAAUUUGAUGUUCUCGUAGGACCAUCGGCUUAAAAUAAGAUCGAUUAAAACUCUACGAUCAACAAAAUGUCCAAAUGGAAUGAGAAAUUAAUAAUGAAAUUCUUGAAAAUAUAUAAGCAACAUCCGUGCCUUUGGAAUCCUUAUGAUAAACGCUAUUACAACUGCAAGGAAAAAAAUGAAGCGUUACAGAGGAUUAUCGACGACCUCUGUAUUCCUGGCUUUACUAUAACUGACUAUUUGCAACAGAUCAAGCUGAUAAGAGAAAAAUAUAAGAAGGAACAGUUGCGAACGAUUAAAGGACUGCAAUUGCAUAAGCAAUAUAAAUCGCCAAUCCCAUGGUAUAAUAUAGUGGCAAACAUGUUAAUGAAAGUGAUCAGUGACGAGGAGAGAAUGAACAGUGUGCCUGCGAAGACUGUGCCUCCAGACACAUCGGUUUUGAAAUCUUUAAGCAGCGAUAACAUACGUCAUACUGACAGAAAAGAAGAUAAAACGAGGAUUCAACCAUGUACGAACGUAACUUGCGAUAUAGUCGCAAGAAGAAGCAGAUCAGCUCGAUCGAGUAUCAAGUACAUACCUAGCAAAACCACUGCAGUCCGUUCAAGUACGCGGACAAAAUAUGUUCUUUGUCCUCAAGCAAGAAUCGCUUCAAAGACUCGAAAUGGAGACGGACUUUCUAAUCGUAAACCUAAGAGAGCCUUUAAUUGGAAAGUGCCAGAUUGCCCCAGGACUCCAUCUAACUCGAUAAAUUCAACAGCCACUAAUUCGACAAAAACAAGUAUCAAACAGUAUGAGCCACCGUUUCUGAAGUGUCCGCUGUGUGGCUGGGAAAACCUGCAGCAGGAACGAACGCAGGAGCAAAGAACUAUUAUUCCCUGUGCCAAUUAUAGCAUUGAAUCACCUGAUUUGAAAUAUGCACCAUGUAGUGGAUGCAUUAAAGAUGGAUUUUAUCCGGAAACGUACACAGAUGAUUCUGGAGAUUUUAUAAAGGAUUUAUCCAAAUCAGCACCAGCUAAAGUCUCUACAUUAGACACGGAAACGCAGACUACAGAGUCUCUUCAGACGCAAGUAAUGCAACUUGAUCCUACAGUGAAGACUACAUUUGGAAGUGGUGCUAUAGAAGCUUGUACUCGAUUCAAAAUCAUUCUGCCAGACUCCAAGAAAAGUUUAGAAAUGCACACAGUAGGAACGGAGAAUGUUUGUCAAUGUACUCAAGGGGUCCAGUGCUUGCAACCACAAUUGUGUACAAAAGGCACGCAAUUGUCCCUUGAAUUAAAGAAAAAUGCGCACACUAGCACAGUAACGUAUAAGGAAAGGGGGACUCAGUGCACAGUGUGCAUGCCAGAAGAAGGAAGAUGCAGUGCAUCCAUCCAAACUAUUAGGCAAAGUUCAGUUCAAACCAUGACUCGCUCUUCUUCUUUGGAAAAAAUGAAGGAUGUUGGAACAACAUCGUCUAUUCAUAGAAUUCAUAGCAGCGAUUCUGUAACUCUUGUAAGUUACAAGAGCGUUGGUACUGGUGGAGAAUAUGCACUUCCAUCGCGUGCUAAAUCCCACGGAUCGUUAAAGCGUUGUAUUCAACAAAAAGAUUAUAAAGAAGUUGCAGUGGGUGAAAGUAAGUUAAUGAUUCUACAAUCUCAACAAAUAUUGAAAUACCUUUCUUCACUAACAGCUGAAUUAUAUAUCAAACCGUGCAAUGCAGACACAUGUCCACGUAACAUGUCCGAGUUGAUGAAAGAUCCUACAGUGACCACAGUACUGCAUCAACUACUAUGCAAGAUAUCUUCCAAGACAAAUCGUGUGUCGCGUUGCAUAAAGUCUCAAACCGACUAUGAACAGAGAAAAUACAGCACUGGUUGUGCAACCGAUGCAACUGAAAUGGUGAAGAGAAUCAAAGAAUACGCAAUCACAGCUUUAGGAGUGCAUCUUUCCAAAGACGAGUGCAUUCAGACCUCGACUGACACGGAAACAACACCUAGCGUCUGCGUAAAUAAAUUAACUAUGACUAGAGAAGAUCCUUAUAAGCCGAUUAAUCGAUCUACAGGUGUUCAGGUAGAUGGAAACAAUCGAACAUCUGGAUUCAAAGAAAUAAAGAAACGGGUUGCUGACAAAGAAGUUUGCACCUGUUGCGAGUACAAAGAUAUUGGUACUAAUGGAUCAUUGUUGCGAACUUGCGACAUGGGUAUUCAGAACGGUUUGGAUAAUUCUGUCUGUUCAAAUAAAAUAGAAACAGAUAAACACCUAAGAAGUACCGUUGGUACACAGAAGCGAGAUCCUAUAUUAGUUAGAGUGAUAAAGUGUACUGAUGCUCAAACAAUAAAGAAGACCGAUAAGGAGACACUAACUGAUAAACGUAUAGAAGCAUGCGGUAGAUCUACUUGUGCGCCAUAUACAGUUUGUGUACCUUCAUACAAAGAAGAAUCUAAACAUCAAGUUAAUCGUGAUUAUCAUGAACGAUCGUGUAUGAGCCGUUGUGAUGAUACUUGUAAGGGCAAUUCUAAUAAGGAUUGGACAGACGUAACAAAUGUUGAUGCAUUUAACUGUAUUCGCAACUCUAAAAUUCCAUUAUGCACAUACCCGGUACGCAAAUGUACUUUCGCGAGAAGCAACUAGUUGAUCGUCUUGAUUUCAAGAUGUGCUUUUGACAAUGAUUGACCUGAAGUUGCACUUCAAUUGCUCAAAAUUGCCCUUGUUACCCUUUGAACUUUAUGGAGUUUAAUAAACAUAUUGAAAUACAUUAUUCUGGGAA